CUUUACCCCUUAACCGUAAGGGUUGGGAGUCGGCGAGAGUUCGUUUUGGAGUGGUUUCCCCACUCAGCGAUUCAAUUAACGUAGUACGACUACUUGACUUUUACCAGGAAUUCUCACUCCCACGCUUAAUUUCCAACCCAAUUAUAUUUUCGAGGUAGAUUUUUGUUCUUUAUAAAACCGUGGCGAUUCGUCCAGAUUAUCGCCGCGCAACACUACCGGAUUACGUUAAUAAUUUGGAAGGGAGUAAAAUUACUCUCUUCCAAAUUAUACGGCGGGAGGAGUCUAAAGACAGGGGUGCAGUCGACGGCGACAUUUUACUUUCCAAGUCCCGAUUACUUUAAAACAGGAAUUUUGGCAGGCGGCUCCUAAUUAUCUUAUUUAUUAGGCAAAUCUUCUAUACCCACCAAUAGGUAUAUCCGUAUAGUUUUAGGAGGAGAAAGUCUUCUACAAAUCGAUAAGGUGGAAAUAUCCCAGGUAAAGAGGUGCUAUGGUCCGGUUCCCGCUGGUGGCGCUGCUGCUGGCCCUGGCGCCGCCUCCGCCGGGAGCGGCCGCCGGAGACCCGACGCUUCCCUUCUACUUUCCCGACUACCGUCCCCAGGUCUUCUACGACAACGGAGCGCUACCCGAAGACGCGGAAGUCAGCCUACGCCUGUCGGCUGCCGGCCCUCGCAGAGUGUAUUUCUUGUCGGAGAAAGAAGGACGACCUUUGACCUUGACCGUCACCCCCUGUUCGCGGCCCGUCAAAUGGAGAUUAUCUCUGGGAAAUUUCCCUCUGCCGGGUAGAAAAGAAACGUGGCGCAACCAGUUGCCUGAAAAGGGUGACUCCGAGAGAUCUACUCCCCUGGCCUCUUACGUCGGCUCCGAAAGGAAGAUUUAUAGCAAGUCGAGAAGUUCGGCGGGUCUCUACGUUCUGGAGUUGGAGAGCGAAGAUGCCGACGUUGACGUCAGAAUCCACGUUACCACCGGAUCCGAAUUGAACUCUUAUUAUCCGCAGUUACCGACCGAUUCUAGCGUGGGUGUGUUAAAAGUUCGUCGGAACAAAGUUCUGUUGACAUGGAAGGCCAGUCCCGCCGAAAGCAAGCCGGGCCAAACCGUGUCUUACUGCGUAUCCGUCGAUCAAUCUCGCAAUCGACGUUCCCUGUGUUCCGUCCGGCCGGAUGCUUCCCCCACUCGACCCCCUUCGACGGGUUUCGGUUUUUCGUGGGAGAAAUCCAAAAGGAAAGUUUCCAAACUGUCUCCGCCGGAGCGUUGGAAUUUAACGUGUGUGGGGCGCAAGACCUGGCACAUGUUUCGAGGACUGAAGAAGGGAUCCACCUACUACUUCGACGUCUUCGUCGUCGACUCUCGCACCGAAGCUAGUUCCGCCUACGACGGCGUACGAGUCACCACCAAACGGUCCAAGUCGGUUUCUCGGCUGAAGGAUGGUUCGCUCACCUCUUUCUCUCUCGACGCUAAAAAUAGUUACUCGGUUUCCGUUAAAUAUCCCGUCACCGCUCCCGAUAAGAAACUGUGGAUUUUUCUACAGUCUUGUACGGGCCCCGGGCCCGUUACUAUUCGAGUAAGUAAGGACGGCGAAGAAAUCGUCUCCUCGGAAGUGAUGGACACCAAGACCCUGUCCGUCGUCCCUCCCUCCAACGGUACCUACCAAAUUUCGGUGGAAACGACCAGCGAAAGUCCUAGAAGAGCCAGACUGUGGGUGGGAAGAAAAUUCCACAAACUUCCUUUCCCGGUGCUUCCGGAAGACAAAAGCGUUAAGAUAUUCGAUACCCUGACCACCUGCGAUUCGGUAACUCUGGCCUGGCACUCGACGAUAGACGAGAAAGUAAAAUAUUGCAUCUACAAACGAACGGCCAAGGCUGGUUUCGUGCGACUCUUCGCCAGUCCCCAGAACUUUUGCGAACAAUCCGAGGAGACCGAAGAGGAUCGCGAACGAGUCUUGUGCCGAAGAUACCAUCGCUUCAGUCGACAACGAUUCAACAACGUCAUCAUGCAGAGGGUGAGGAAUCUGAAACCUUCCUUCACUUACGUAUUCGACGUUCGGGUGACCAAACACAACGCCAAGACUCUAUCCUACGAAAGGGUAUGGGUCACCACCGCCGGCAACUGUUCUUCUUCCAAAGGAAGACGAUGAACGGUCCCACUACAUCUUCGGAUAUUUCGAAGAACGACAUUUGUACAGAGACGGACCCGAUUCACAGAGUCCGUUAGCUUUAUUUAUGAAAAGUGUACAUUAGAACUUUCGCUUCGGCCGACGAAUCUUGAGCCAGAGAGAAAAAAGACAACGCCUUGCAUCUGUAUCGACCAACAAUCGAAUGUUGCCAAAGACAUUACAUGUAAUCAUCCGUUAAUAAAUUCUUAUCGACGUUA